AUGGGACACCCAGGCAUGCCACAUUAUCCGCCCAUGGGAAUGCACCCUAUGGGUCAGAGACCGCCAAAUAUGCCGCCAGUUCCACAUGGUAUGAUGCCUCAGAUGAUGCCCCCCAUGGGAGGACCACCAAUGGGGCAGAUGCCUGGAAUGAUGCAGUCAGUAAUGCCUGGAAUGAUGAUGUCUCACAUGUCUCAAGCUGCUAUGCAGCCUACAGUUCCGCCAGGGGUGAACAGUAUGGAUGCGCAAGUAGGAGUAACACCUCCUGGAACUCAGACAACACAUCCCGUAGUUUGCGCAGCCCAGCAAACCACCACAACCAGCAGUUCUGUUAAUGAAGAGCACUCUAAACAGAAAUCUACAUGGACAGAGCACAAAUCACCUGAUGGAAGAACAUAUUACUAUAAUACUGAAACAAAGCAGUCUACAUGGGAGAAGCCGGAUGAUCUCAAAACACCUGCUGAGCAAUUGUUGUCUAAGUGUCCCUGGAAAGAAUAUAAAUCUGAUUCUGGAAAGCCCUACUAUUAUAAUUCCCAAACAAAGGAAUCACGCUGGGCAAAACCCAAAGAGCUUGAGGAUCUUGAAGCAAUGAUUAAAGCUGAAGAAAACAGCACAAAGCCCGAAGACUCAACUCCAACGACUUCUGCUCCAGCUGCUGCAGCAGAAGCAACAAGCACAACCACCACAGCCACAACUGCUGCUGAAACUGCUGCUGUUACCACCACCACUGCGACUUCUGCAGCAACGGCAGGCACUGAAGCAGAAACUGCUGCGGCUUCUUCUGUGGUAGAAAAUGACAGCACUGGCACAGUUGCAGCUGAGGAACAGGGACAAGCAACUUCUGCAACUGCUGCGCAGGAACAGAGUGCGGAAACUGCAGCUAACGCAGCAGAUGACUCUUCCAAUCAGGAGGCCUCGGCAGAUGCUGCUUCAAAGAAAGAGGAUGAUGAUGCCCAACCAGUUAAAAAAACCUAUACGUGGAAUACAAAGGAAGAAGCAAAGCAAGCAUUUAAAGAACUGUUAAAAGAAAAGCGAGUGCCAUCGAAUGCUUCUUGGGAGCAAGCUAUGAAAAUGAUCAUUAAUGAUCCUAGAUACAGUGCUUUGGCAAAAUUAAGUGAAAAAAAGCAAGCCUUUAAUGCUUACAAAGUUCAAACAGAAAAAGAAGAGAAAGAAGAAGCAAGAUCAAAAUACAAAGAAGCUAAAGAAUCCUUCCAGCGUUUUCUUGAAAACCAUGAAAAGAUGACAUCCACAACAAGAUACAAAAAAGCUGAACAAAUGUUUGGGGAGAUGGAAGUCUGGAAUGCGAUAUCUGAGCGUGAUCGUCUUGAAAUUUAUGAAGAUGUCUUGUUUUUUCUGUCUAAGAAAGAGAAAGAACAAGCCAAACAGUUACGAAAGAGGAAUUGGGAAGCUUUGAAGAACAUACUAGAUAACAUGGCUAAUGUCACUUACUGUACUACUUGGUCGGAGGCUCAGCAGUAUCUGAUGGACAAUCCUACGUUUGCAGAAGACGAGGAACUUCAGAACAUGGAUAAGGAGGAUGCACUGAUCUGUUUUGAGGAACAUAUCAGGGCAUUGGAAAAAGAGGAGGAAGAAGAAAAACAGAAAAGUUUGCUUAGAGAAAGAAGGCGGCAGCGUAAAAAUAGAGAGUCUUUUCAGCUAUUUUUAGAUGAACUGCAUGAGCAUGGCCAAUUACAUUCAAUGUCCUCUUGGAUGGAGUUGUAUCCAACCAUAAGCUCUGACAUCAGAUUCACGAAUAUGCUUGGUCAACCUGGAUCAACAGCACUUGAUCUUUUCAAGUUCUAUGUUGAAGACUUGAAAGCACGUUACCAUGAUGAAAAGAAGAUAAUAAAAGAUAUCUUAAAGGAUAAAGGAUUUGUGGUUGAAGUGAAUACUUCUUUUGAAGAUUUUGUUACGGUCAUCAGUUCGACUAAAAGAGCCACUACUUUAGAUGCGGGAAAUAUCAAGCUGGCUUUCAACAGUCUGCUAGAGAAGGCAGAAGCCCGUGAAAGAGAAAGGGAAAAAGAAGAAGCUCGCAAAAUGAAGCGGAAAGAGUCUGCCUUCAAGAGUAUGUUGAAGCAAGCUACUCCUCCAAUUGAAUUGGAUGCUGUCUGGGAAGAUAUCAGAGAUAGAUUUGUGAAGGAACCAGCAUUUGAAGACAUCACUCUGGAGUCAGAAAGAAAGAGAAUAUUUAAGGAUUUCAUGCAUGUACUAGAGCACGAGUGUCAGCAUCAUCAUUCAAAGAACAAGAAACAUUCUAAAAAGUCCAAAAAACAUCACAGGAAGCGAUCACGUUCCCGUUCGGGCUCAGAGUCUGAGGAUGAUGACAGCCAUUCAAAAAAGAAAAGGCAGCGUUCAGAAUCCAGAUCAGUUUCUGAGCGUUCUUCCAGUGCAGAAUCUGAGAGAAGUUACAAAAAGUCAAAAAAACACAAGAAAAAGAGCAAGAAGAGAAGACAUAAGUCUGAUUCACCAGAAUCAGAUAUUGAACGAGAAAAAGACAAAAAAGAAAGAGAGAGAGAGAGCGAAAAGGAUAGAGCUAGACAAAGAUCUGAAUCUAAACAUAAAUCUCCUACUAAAAAACGACCUGGAAAAGAUUCU